AGUAGAGCCUUGUUGAUUUACUGAAUCUGGUGCAGGGGAGAACGGAAGCAUAAUUUUGCCAGGGUCAAUAAUUUAAUAGCCACUGAAAGCUUGCAGCACAAUCCUUGCGUUACAACAAGAAUGCCAUGUCAAGGGGAAAAAUCAACCUGGCACCAUCCAUCAGUCAAAGGAGAAGCAGCUGCAGUGUAGUUUACCUCAUAAUCUUGGCCAGAAAGAGAACUCUACUGGAACAGUUGUGAGUUGACCACUGAUUGUAAGAAAGGUCCUUGUCUCUCCAUCGUCACCAUGUCCAGCUCCCAACAACGCCUCAUGCAGGGCAUGCACCAGGACCUCAGCUGCCCCGUCUGUCUCAAGCUCUUCCAGUCCCCUGUGACAACAGAGUGCGGGCACACCUUCUGCCAGGCCUGCUUGGCCCGUGUGGCCACCGAAGAGUCUGAGGGCAAAACUUCUCCCUCGUGCCCCACCUGCCAAGCCAUCACCAAGGUGGAACAUCUGCGGAUUAACCAGCAGAUGGAGCAUUUGGUGGAGUCUUUCCGGCAGGUGCCUCGUGAUCACUGUGAAGAACACCUUGACCCGCUCAGUGUCUACUGCGAACAGGACCGGCAGGUGAUCUGCGGGGUUUGCGCCUCACUAGGCAAGCAUAAGGGGCACAACAUUAUUACUGCUGCUGAGGCCCACCAGAGGAUGAAGAAACAGCUUCCUCAGCAGCAGGUCCAGCUUCAAGAAGCCCAAAUACGCAAGGAGAAGACAAUUGCCCUGCUAAAUCGGCAAAUAGCAGAAGUGGAGGAAACAGUAUCCCGGUUCAAACACCAAGUAGCAGACCAAUUGGGGGCCAUGCGGUCUUAUCUGGGAGCGCUGGAGUCUUCCCUGGGCCAGGAGGCCGAGAGGGUGAAACAACAAGCCUCUGAGGCCUUGCAAAAUGAACGCAAGACUGUGACCCGUUACCUGGACCAGCUCAAGCAGAUGGAGCUGGUCCUGGGGGAAGUGCAAGAUGAACCACAGACUGAGUUCCUGAGGAAAUAUUGUCUGGUCGUCAGCAGAUUGCAGAAGAUCCUGGGGGAAUCUCCACCCAUUGCCCGCAUGGACAUCCAGCUCCCCAUAAUUUCUGAUGAGUUUAAGUUUCAAGUAUGGAGGAAGAUGUUCCGUGCAAUAAUGCCAGGUAGAGGCCACACUUACAGGAUAAGGUUGCAUAUAGAUUUUUUUGAGCAACUCAAUCUGCCUGCCUUGUCCCUUGAAUUGGCUUUGGAGAACCUGACCUUCGACCCAGCCACAGCCCAAGCCAACCUUGUGGUGUCCGAAGAUGGGAAAAGAGUGGAAUGUGUCGAACAUAAACAAGCCGUGAGCCCAGAUGACCCCCAACGGUUUGACAAGUCCAACUGCCUGGUCUCACGCCAGAGCUUCUCACAAGGGGAACACUACUGGGAGGUGACAGUAGAAGACAAGCCCCGUUGGGCCGUGGGCCUCAUCUCAGCUGAAACUGGGCGCAAGGGCCGCCUUCAUGCCACCCCAUCCAAUGGCUUCUGGCUGGUGGGUUGCAAGGAAGGCAAGAGCUACGAGGCCUAUGUGGAGCAUAAGGAACCCCGGUCUCUGAAGCUGGAAGGAAAGCCUAGCCGAAUUGGCAUCUACCUGAGCUUUGAUGAUGGCCUCCUGGCCUUCUACAACGCCAGUGAUGAAGACAAUCUGGUCCAGCUCUUUGCUUUCCAUGAGCGUUUUACAGGAACGGUCUUCCCCUUCUUUGAUGUCUGUUGGCACGAUAAGGGCAAGAAUAGCCAGCCUUUAAUCAUCUACACCCCAGAGUCACAAGAGCGAUAACUAACCAUGAUCUGGUAUCUUCUAGACCAGCCUUACUAAACCUGGGUUCCUCUUAAUGUGCUGAGGCUGCAUUGCCUAGCAUCCUAAAGUUCUAGACAAUUGUAAUCCCAAUGGCUCUGGAAGACACCAGAUGAGCAAAGGCUGCUAUAAACUCACAUUGGCAAUUUUAAUCCUAUUGCACCCAGACUUCUAAGUCAUAGCCACAUUCAAUUUAUAAAAGAAAUGUCACUGUAUCAAUACAGGUCUUCCAUCUAAAACUUGGAAUCUUGACAAUUUUCUUGGUUUAGAAAUAAAGGUUGUUAUCCUCCUAGCGUGUUCAAUAAACUUAAAACACACAAA